AUGGCGGGCGACUCAACGCCGUCACCCGCGCCGCCAUCACAGGCCUGUCCGGUCAGCGACGACAAGAACAGCAGCAGCAGCAGCAGCGUCAGCAGCAGCGUCAGCAACCUCCGGAUCCUCAAGGCGCUCCUCCCCAAGCUGCCGCUCAUCCUGCGCACCAUCGUCGCCCACAUCCUCAACCUCUCCGAGACGGCGCCCUACCUGGACCUGCGCAGCGCCCUCAUCGUCACCGUCCUGCGCUCCUUCUGCGAGCCCAACCCCUCGCGGCCCAGCUCCGUCUCGUCCAUCCAGCGCCUCACCGUGCGCGACCCGGGCGUCAAGGGCCGCCUCUGGAUCAGCACCUACGCCUCGCCCCCGCCCCCGGACGACGGCGCCCGCGAUGCCCUCGCCCGCGCCAUCGCCGCCCUCAAGCCGCCCCCCAGCCAGGCCGAGCCGCCCGCCGCCGAUGCGCUCGCCGUGCCGCCGUACGCCCCGGCCGGCGUCGAGGCCGAGUGGACGGGCUACCGUGCUGGUGCAGCGCCCGACGAGCGGCCCCCGCGCAUCUCGGAGCGCGACAAGUACCGCGAGAUGAUGAAGGAGUGCACCCAUCCCGCGACGGUGCUGUACCUGCACGGCGGCGGCUACUACCUGUGCGAUCCCGCCUCGCACCGGCCCACGACCAAGAAGCUGGCCAAGAUCACCGGCGGCCGCUGCUACUCUGUGCGCUAUCGCCUCGCCCCCGGCCACGCCUUUCCCGCGGCCCUGCUCGACGCCUUCGUCUCGUACCUGACGCUGCUGUAUCCGCCCCCGGACGCGUACCACGAGCCCGUGCGGCCGGAGCACAUUGUCGUCUCGGGAGACAGUGCCGGCGGCAACCUCACGCUCGCCCUGCUGCAGCUCCUCCUCGAGCUCCGCCGCCAGGGCCAGCCCGUCAUGUGGCACGGCUCGGCGCGCGACGUGCCGCUGCCCGCCGCCGUGGCGUGCAACUCGCCGUGGAUGGACGUGACGCACAGCUCGCCGCUGUUCGAGGGCUCCGACCCUCACCCCUUCGACUACCUGCCCAAGCCGGCCAUCUCGGCGCGCGGCCAGGUGGUACCGUGCGACGUCUGGCCGGCGACGCCGCCGCGCAAGUUCCUCUACGCCGCCGACGCCGCCGUCGCGCACCCGCUCGUCUCGCCCAUCACCGCCCGCAGCUGGGCCGGCGCCCCGCCCGUCUACAUGUGCACCGGCUGGGAGCUGCUCGGCUUCGAGGACCGCUUCUUCGCCAAGCGCCUCGUCGCCGACGGCGUGCGCGUCGUCUUCGAGGACUACGAGGCCAUGCCGCACUGCUUCGCCCUCAUCCUGACCAAGACGCCCAACGCGCGCCGCUGCUUCGACGCCUGGGGCGCCUUCGUCAGGCGCGCCGUCGACGGGCCCGACGGCAUCGAGUCCUCGGCGACGGGCAUCCGCGCGCGCACCCUCGAGGAGGUGGCCCUGCGAUUUGACAACCUCAGCGACAUGACGUACGGGGAGUACUGCGAUCGCAUGGUCCGCAAGGCGCGGGAGACGCCGCUGCGGGCUAUUGCCAAGCUGUAG